AUGCCGUUGUUAAUGGAGAAAGAAGACGAAGGACAAGUCUCACCCGUACUGCACAAGAACGAUAUCAGCUAUGUGUUCGUGAAACACAUGAAUAUCUUCCUGGUGUCCAUGGCCAAGAAGAAUAUCAAUGUGGCCAUGAUGGUGUCGUUUUUGUACAAGUGUAUUCAAGUGUUCAGCGAAUACUUUAAGGAUCUAGAAGAGGAGUCAGUGCGUGAUAAUUUCGUUGUAAUCUACGAGUUAUUAGAUGAAAUGAUGGAUUUUGGCUAUCCUCAAACUACGGAAAGUCGUAUAUUGCAAGAAUAUAUCACACAAGAACGGUACGCGCUCGACAUAGCCCCAAGACCACCGAUGGCCGUAACAAACGCUGUCUCGUGGCGAUCAGAUGGCUUGAAAUACCGUAAGAAUGAAGUGUUCCUGGAUGUGAUCGAGUCUGUCAAUAUGUUGGCGAAUGCAUCCGGUACGGUGUUGAGAAGUGAGGUGGUGGGUGCGAUUCGUAUGCGAGUGAUGCUUUCCGGGAUGCCUGAAUUGCGUUUGGGACUGAACGAUAAAGUCUUAUUCCAGACUUGUUCUCGUGGUCGUGGUAAGGCGGUGGAAUUGGAGGAUGUGAAGUUUCAUCAGUGCGUUCGACUGUCACGAUUCGAGAAUGAUCGAACGAUAAGCUUCGUGCCACCCGACGGCGAGUUCGAGUUGAUGAGCUAUCGAUUGACGACCACGGUUAAGCCACUGAUAUGGGUGGAGGCUUGUGUGGAGAGACAUGUGCACUCGAGAGUCGAGUAUAUGGUCAAGGCGAAAUCGCAGUUCAAAAAGCAGUCGAUCGCAAACCACGUCGAAGUGAUUAUACCGGUGCCGAGUGACGCCGAUUCACCAAAAUUCAAAACCUCGGUUGGGUCGGUCAAGUAUGUUCCGGAGCUGAACGCAUUCGUUUGGAUGAUCAGAAGUUUUCCGGGUGGUCGUGAGUAUCUGAUGCGAGCUCAUUUCAGUCUGCCUUCAAUAGGGAGUGAUGAAAAUGAAGGGAAACCGCCGAUUAAUGUCAAGUUUGAAAUUCCCUACUUCACUACAAGUGGUCUGCAAGUGCGGUAUUUGAAGAUUAUCGAGAAAAGCGGUUAUCAGGCAUUACCCUGGGUUCGAUACGUGACACAGAACGGUGAUUAUCAGUUAAGAAUGCAAUAG